ACUAGAUGUUUAUGUUGAUUUGGUGUAGCGUCUUGUCUUUAUAAGCCAAAUGAAUAGCUGAUGUGGUUGAUCUUCAAUUUUGGAAGAAACUUACAGUAAUCAUGUCCUUUUAAUAAACGCAGAUUCAUAACUAUAGCUGAUGAAAUUAACAUUGUUGAUGCAAACCAAACUAGGCGGUAAAAAAGAAGAUGAUCAAAGCUGAUCGAUGAACGUGCGAAAAUUCAUUGCUGCUAAUGGUGUUUGUUGGUCGUUUGGUAUAUAAAUAUGAUUAAAGUGCAUAAAACAGAGUAGCUAAUUAUGUGUGUCAUUGUAUGCAACUUAGUUAAUAGAUUUGAUUAUAGCUUGUGGCCAAGUUAACAACAAUCUUGUAUUUUGGAUUUAAAUAUUGACCUUCUUACUGGAUCUAAGUUGAAAUAGAGUAUACAAUAUGUUUAUAACUAUUUGUCAUUUUGAUAUUAACUCUGUACAUUAUCUCUAAAGUGUUUGCUUUAUUGAGUUUCAGAAUAUUUAAGUCUAAUAUAAUUCAAGGUCAAGAGAAUGCAUGCAUGUGUCGACAGUAUCGUGCGGUCUAUAUAUAUAUGUGUUUGUUUCCUUUCUUUUUUCUCUGGUGUGUGAUCCAGAGGGUGAUCUCAUCUUUGUACCAUAGUUUUUACUUUUUACUUUAAAGUUUCUAGAGAAAAAGUUUUCUAGUUUGACUGUCUUGAAAAUAGAAACGUUAAAAAAGGUACUGAAUAUAUAAUCAUUUCAAAUUUAUUAAUGAGACGUUAGCUGAAACUUUUAGUUGAUCAUAAACAAAAUAUUAUUAAAUAGUAAUAUAAUUUUAAUUGUUAGUUAAAACAAAACGUAAAAAUGGUAAAGUUUGAAGCGUGUCUUUUGCCACAUAAGGGAUUUUCAGGUACUAAAACUAGCAUUCUGCUUUGACGUGUCUGUGAAGUCAGUAUUUCUUGACAGCUCUUUUAUGUUUUACCAUAGAAAGACAAAAUUCAACGGAAGUAAUCACUUUGACUAUGACCCUUUGUAGUUUCGAAAAUAAUGAAAAAGGUUAAAAAAAAUACUUUGAAAAUGAAUAACUAGACAUGCUUCUUAUCUCACUUACAUAACCAGAGAGAGAGCCAUAGAAACUGGGAGAGAUAGAAGAGGAAGUGUUGAAGGAGAGAGAUGGAGUGGAACCGUGGUUUUGGUCGGGUUAAGGAAGAAAGAAAGAGCUUGAGCUUCUUCAAGAUAUUUCACAGUGCAGAUUUAUCCUCUGAAUCCAUGAGAGGGAUCCCUUACGACUUCAUGAAAAACGUCUCUAAGGAAGACUUCUCCCGCAAGAUGGUGAUAAGAACAAAAUGGGGAAGGUCAUGGGAAGUAGACAUCUCCAUGAACCCUAGGUUCUACUACAUGGAGAAGUCCGGAUGGAACCAGUUUGUAACCGACAAUGCUUUGGGAGCAAACGAGUUUGUGACCUUCACUCACAACGGUUUAAUGUGCUUCAAUGUCAACAUCUAUAAGGAGAGUGGCAAGGAGAUUGUUUUAACCCACACAACGACUCCAUUUAGUGGGAUCAAGAAUGAAGAAGGUGAGAGAAGCUACAAAGAUGUCAAGAAGGAAGAUGAGUCCAUGGGAGGAGGAGUUGGGCAUGUGGAGAUUGGUGAAUCAUCGAGAGGAGCUGCGCUUAGAAAGAAGAAAGCUGAGAAGCACAAGAAGAGAAAGAAAGUGAAGUAUGGUGUUCCAAGAUUCAAAAUCACCAUAACCAAAUCAUACCUCAGGUCACUGGUAAGAUUAAUACGAAACACUCAACAGCCAUACUACACAAAGUCUCUCUCUAUAUUGGUUGAUUAUAUGAUAAUCUCUGUUUGUUGUUUUCUUUACCAGCCAAUCCCAACGUUUUUUGAGAAGAGGUACCUCAAGAGUGAGUCUAAGGUGUACAAGAUACAUCACUCGGAAGGAGAUGGUUCAUGGGAGGUGCUUUCCUUGGUUCAUCAGGCUCAUAUAGUGUUAUCACGUGGAUGGGUUAAACUGGCACGAGAGUACCCGUUAGCAAUUGGUGACAGGUGCACCUUCCAUCUCGUUAAACCUACUGAGUUUGUCCUCACCUCCAAGAAGGCCAAGGCCAUAGAGAUCACUAUCAGCGAUUGAUGAAUGAAUGUUUUACCGUCUUUGCAGCUUUCUUAUAUCUAUGGAGACAAUAUGAUAUUAUGUGUUGUGUUUGUAUUGUUUAUGCUCCCCAGACUUAAAGUUGCUUUUAUCUGCUUAUGAAGUUAGUCUUGAGACUUUAACUUGCUUGAUAUGUUUAUGAGUUUAGGAUCAAAGAUCAAAGUAG